AUGAAAUACGAUUAUAAAUUUUUAAAGAAUGAAUCCUAAGAAUAAUUACUUCCCUAUAUUUAAACUAAUACAAAAACAACGCAACUAGAUCACAAAGAAAUUAAAUAGAAAAUAAAGAUGUAAGUAAAUUUGAAGAAAUAUCCCACUCCAAGAUCUCUGUCUUAAAGGGUAUACUAUUGGACAAAGGAUGAAACUUCGAUACCAGUUAUUCAAAAAAAUAAUGACUCUAGUUCAAUUAUUGAACAUUCAUCAGAAUAUUUUAUGAGACAAGGAGAUUGGAAGGAAGACAUCCACAGCCCUAUUAAAACAACAGUAGAUUUAAGUUCCAGUAAAUAAUCUCCACCUAAAUUCUCAAACAUUAAAAUACCUAAAUUAUAAAUUGCAAAAAAGAAAGAAAAAAUUGAAUAUUACGGAGACGUAGUUACUAAUAGGUCCAAUUCGUCAAGUCAAAAAUUAGACUUAAAGGCUGAUUAUUUUUAUAAUAUUAUUAACCCUUUGAAGAAAGAAACUAAACCAGAUAGAAAUGUCAAAUAGGAAUGUUUUAAUCAAGCAUUUCAUAUAUUAGAAGAAAUUAUUCCUGCAUCUAUUAUAGCUAAAUAAAAUCAUGGAUUAGUAUAAUAGUCAUUAUCAGAAAGCGAAAUUAAAUUAGAGAAGAAAAAAAAUAAUGCAUCUUUGGCAAAAAGGCAAAAAGCAAGACCAUGCAUCUCUGAUUAACCUCAGCCUAAUAGUCAUCCAGAACCGCUAGCUCAUAUUUAAACUCAGAUUUUAACUUUGUCCAAAACUGAAACAUAGCCUCAACCUUAACCCCGUACAUAACCCUAGACUCAACCAUUACCCUUGUCCGAUCAACCACAACCUCAAUCCCUACCUCAACCAAGACUUCAACCAAUAACUCAACCACAGCCAUAACCAUAACCCUAACCUUAGACUUAAGCCUAGCCACAGAAUCAACCUCAGAACUAUAAAAAAGGAUAAAGACUAAAGACUUGUGUAAUGUCAUAUGUUAGAAGAUUAAAAAGAUGCAAACUAACCCAUGCUUAAGUUAUAAGAGAUCAUGUAUUUAGUGCACAUCCAUACUCAAAGGAUCAUUCUAUUGAAUUUUUCUAAGCAAUUAAAGAUAAUCAAGAGCCUAUCGUCACUAGAUUAUUACAAAAAGUUCCAUAUUUGGUUUACGAUUUUGAUAAUGCUCAUAUGACUGGUUUACAUUGGGCAGCAAAAAGGGGAUUUCCAAACUUAGUAAAAAUUUUAAUCUAGCAUAAUGCUGAUGUUGAUGCUAAGGAUAUUGUCUAUAGAACUCCUUUAUAUAUAGCCACAGAUUAUGCGCAUGGCAAAGCUUCUGCAAAGUAUAUAGAAAUUAUUUAAAUAUUGUUAUAUAAUUAAGCCUAUCCAUGGUCUUACGAUCACAUACAAUAUUCAUCAGUUAUAAGAGAUGAUAAGAAAGUCAAAGAAUUAUUUGCUGUAAGUAGAAAAAUACAUUUAAUAAUCUUGAUAACUUCCCCUCAAUUAAAAGAUCAAAUUUGGAAUAAAGAAGUACCUGCAAUGAAUGCAAUAAAAAAUGUGAGCACAUAAGAAGAAAAAUAGAGCUCAAACACAAAUGAAAUCCUCAAAGGUAAUCCGCAUAUGGAUCCUAGAUUAAGAUAGUUUUAUACAUAAAAAUUAGUUCACCUUAAACGUAAGAUUGGAAAUUAGGCUUACUAGGAGAUUGAGAAAUAAAUUUAAAAUGAACAAGGAAUUUUCGAAUAUGUUAGAAAGCAACCAUUUCAAGCAAGCUGA